GAAUUGGGUUAGUAUGUGGACAAGGAAGAAAUUAUAGAAGAUUACGUUUAGCCGAGUUGGAUGAUUAUCCUCGAUUCAAAUUUCCAAUAUUUAGGGAGAGAUACGAUACCGGAGAUAGACAGUAACACAUCGUUUACAUUUAAUUCACUUCAAAUUUGGUGCAAUUUCACACACAGCUCUCCAUAUUCAAAUAAUGAAUUCUCGGAACCAAAACAAGCCGUCUGAUCCUCGCAGUCCUGUGAAUAAUAAUCAAGCCAUCGAUGAUGCUUUUAUUGAUAAGCUUAGGGAAAUUGACAUUGGUUGGAUGAUGGCCUCAACAACUGCAAGUGGAUGUAGUCAAUCACUUGCCUCAAGAAACAAUCAAAAGGAUGUUACUGUAGCACCCUCUGAAACUCAGGUUUCUGAGUGGGAAAUUGUUGAAUCUACAAAGGAGGAGGAGGUCGAUGUGCUAUUGAAUGACAAGUUUAAAGGGAACAAGUUUGAUUCAAAGGGAAAACAUGAGUGGAUGAGAGAGUAUAUUAAACAGCUCAAGGUUUGUAUAAAAUGGUUUCAAGAGAAUCUUGAAGAUCUUGUUAAAGAAAAGGAUCACUUGCGUACAUUGCUGGAUUCUUCAGAAAGAAAACGUGUGGAAACUGAGGCUGCAAUGAAACUUAAGGAGGAAGAUUUGAACUCAUCUAUUAUCAAAUUGGAAAACAAUAUAUCUACUUUAAAAAAAAGUUUGGCAAAUGAAGAGUCACAAAAGCUAAAUGCCAUUGAUUUUCACAAUAAAGAAAAAGAAGCUAGGAUGGCUUUAGAAAAGAAUCAAGAUUCUCUAAAGGAGAAGCUUUUAAAGGCUGAACAGAAUGCAUCGAUUGCUAAUGAGAAGGUGAAAACACAAGAAAAUAUGUAUAAGAGGUUGCAAAAUGAACUCACUUCUGCUAAAGAUUCACGAGAUGAUGCAGUGAAACAAAAAGAAAUUGCUGUAAAAGAGGUGGCUAUCCUCAGAGAUGAAUUGACUCAACUAAGGGAAGAUCGUGAACGCCACCUGUCACAAUUACAUGAGUUAGGUUCUGAAAUUGUAAGAUAUAGAUACAGAGAAAAGGAAAGAGAAAGAACAGGGCACACUGCUGCUGCUGAGUGUAGUAUAUUGAGGUUAAAAUCGAUUGCUAUGGAGAAGACUUGUUCCUCUCAAAGAGAACAAAUAUCUUUGCUCCAACAUCAGUUAGAUGCUGCAAAUAAAAAAAUAAAGGAGCUAAAAGGGAAGAACAUAAUGUAUCAAUAAGAGAGGUAUGUUUGACUUUUCUUAAGUAGCCAGAUUUUGUGUAGAUUGGAAAGAAAUUCCGUUAAAAAAAAUAAAAAAUAACUACUUUAGCUUGAAUGUAUCCAGAUUUUUGACCUUGCUCCAUAUUUUUGAAUGGUGGGUUUGACUUUUCUCUAUUGCGUUAAUCUUUUGUUGGUAAAAUAAAAAUGAUCAAUUUUCUUA